GACAGAGGACGCGGCGACGAGGCUGGCGAACGGCUGCGAAGAGCUCGUCUCGUAGAAACGCGCACGGGAAGCGACCCACUACGCCUGCGAGCUGCGAAAGCGACCAGUCCGCAACACGCGUAGCGCGUGUUGCCUGACACUUAGGCAAAGUUAGUUCGUAUCAUUCUGUCACUGUGCCUCAACAGUAAGUAACUAAUUUGUGCACAAGUCGAAUUCAGACUUACGUGGAAGGAAUGCGAUUUACACGGACAUUUGACAUGAAGGGGUUUAUUGAACUCUUGUGAUUUUACUUCUAAUAUGAUUGACUGCUAACCAGUGACUAUCUGUGAUCGUGUCCACUUAUCCACAACAUAUGUGUUACCUAUUCGGAACUGAUACGGAUUAAGCUCCACUAUUCUAAAUAAUACUGAGGACUGUUAAGGCAGAGUGGUUUGACUCAUAUACCGAAUCACCUUGUGUCACGAAAUAUCUAAGGACUCAAGUAUACUGAAAUGUGCACCGUUUGUUCUACUUACGCAUAUAAAAGAGACAGACCAUUGUUUGAGGAAAAAAUAUUAAGAAGCGUCACCAACAGUGUUGUGAAGCACACUACCUUUCAAUCUUGGAGGAAACCUUCCUGUUCCAUAUAAAUACCCCAACGUAAUACAUUCAAUAAUUCCAUCGGUUUUAUAUCAAGUGUCCUCAGCCAGACCUGCAAAAAUGUAAUCCAGACAUUCUUCCUACUACAGCACGAAGAUAAGAAGACAGUUAUGAACAUGGACAUUUUCGUCGUGUAGUUGGAAUCGUCCAUCGCCGACUGGGGAAACGCCCUCACUGCCUACCUGUUUUGCAAGCCGACAUCGCCGAGGUCGGUAGUUCACUGUAAGGAAUCAAGACGAAACUCAUGUAACAGCGGAACCGCUCUUGGUGUCAUCGUCUUCCAGUUCCUGUGAAGUCAUCUACAUAACAACCCGAUAAGAGCAGACGACGAGCUAGGCGGUGCGCUCAGCGCGGGGGCGGUCGCGGCGGAGGAGCCAUGGCCGAGGUGCCGGGGGUGCCGGGGCCGGUGCUGCUGCCCACAGCGGUGCCGUCGCUGCCUGGCGUCGCCCGCAACCUGUCCGUGCACAUUACGCGCAUCCUCAACUCCAGCCAGGUGAACCCGCACAUCUUCGACCAGUACAGCCGCAACCGCAAGCUAGACGACUCGGCCGCCUUCUACGGCCUCAUCGCCGCCUACUCGCUGCUCAUCCUGAUCGGCGCCGCGGGCAACUCGCUGGUGGUGUGCGCGGUGGCCCGGAAGCCCGCCAUGCGCACGGCGCGCAACAUGUUCAUCGUCAACCUCGCCGUCUCCGACCUGCUGCUCUGCCUCAUCACCAUGCCGCUCACUCUGAUGGAGAUCCUGACCAAGUACUGGCCGCUCGGCAAGCAGGUGUUCAUCUGCAAGAUGCUCGGCGCGUUGCAGGCGACUAGCAUUUUCGUUUCCACCAUCUCCAUCACUGCCAUAGCGCUCGAUCGCUACCAGGUGAUAGUGUACCCUACGAGGGAGAGCCUCCAGAAAGUGGGCGCCAUCGUCAUCUUGGGCUGCAUCUGGCUGGUGUCGCUCGUGCUCGCAUCGCCCAUGUUCAUCUGGAGGGCUCUCAAGAACCACGACAUCAACCUGCCCGACCUACCGUACAUCUCGUACUGCCUAGAGGAUUGGCCCGUGGAACACGGCCGCCUCUACUACUCGAUCUUCUCCCUCAUCGUCCAGUACCUGCUUCCCAUAAUCACAGUCACAGUGGCCUACUCGAGGAUAUGCCACAAGCUGCGAUAUCGCUACGUCAAUUCGUCCAUCGCCAACGGUAAGAGCGGCAGCGGCGACGCUAAGGCUUCCUGCUCCACGCACACGUCCGUCAGGCGCAAACCCAAAGACGGCCGGCGGAUGAAGCGCACCAACUCGCUGCUAUACUCGAUCGCGCUCAUUUUCUGCAUCAGCUGGCUACCGCUCAACAUCUUCAACCUGGUGAUGGACCUGUGGAACCCGCCGGUGCACGACGAGCAGACAAUGAUCAUUUGCUACGCGGUAUGCCACAUGAUGGGCAUGUCGUCGGCGUGCUCCAACCCACUGCUGUACGGUUGGCUCAACGAGAACUUCCGCAAGGAGUUCCACGAGAUCGCCGCCGCCGUCUGCCCCUGCGUCAAGAUGGAGGUGGUGCGCGAGCGCGUAGGCUCGCUGCGCUCCAGUAUGACGCGCCGCCGCCAUCGCCGCCAGGACGACGCAGACUCCAGACCUGCCACCGGCGUCGUGGCCGGCUCCACUGGCCGCACCUCCAGUCGCCGGAGCGAAGGUAGGGUCGAGAGCGUAUGUACAAAGCAGGCAGAAGAUAUUCGUAUUGGAUAUGUUAUCUUUUCAGAAAUAAUGAGGAAUGAUGGGGAAACAUGA